AAUAUCUUUGAUGGGUUACGCCUAUCAUUGAUUGGUGCUGUUUCGCUUUCAUCAGAGGUGCAAGUGUAUUGUGGAUUUGGAGUAUGGGAGUAAAUACUUUUUAUGUGGGUGUUGAUGAGGAUAACACGUUCACUCUUAAUGAUAUUCAAGUGCAACGACAGCGAAAGUAAAGGAAGUGAGAUGUUUGUACUGCGAAUUAGGCUAUACUUGUUUUUAGGUAGCUUUCACGGUAGGUGCCUAUGUGCAGCAGAAAAUCACAAAAAAAUACAAAUUGAUAGGAAUGGUUUCGUGAGAUGGCAUACGUCAACGUAGCGGAAUGGAAACCUGAGCAAGUAACAGAAUGGUUGAAAGGACUCGACAACGCAGUUUUACCGUAUAUCCAUUCCUUUCUGAACAAUGAAGUGAGCGGGCAGCAGCUAUUGAACCUGAGACCAGACGAUCUUGACCACUUGGGUGUACACAAACUUGGUCACCAGGAACUUAUUUUGGAAGCUGUCGAACAUUUAAGAGAUUUUCACUAUGAACUGGACAGAGAAAACUUGCAGUUGCUUGCACUGCGUUUGUCCUGCUCUGCUAACAGCCUAUACAAGGAACUAUUGCAGAAUACUGUCUCACUUCCAGUCAGUACUCAGACACUGGCAGAUGUAGCCAAUGUAAUUAGUGCUGUGAAGCCACUUGUUUGCUGGCUUGACAGGUCGCCAUUUACAGGACAGCUUGAGUAUCAUGAACGCAAGGUUUCAUUGCUACGACUAAGUUUAAAGAUAGCUACAUGUGCCCAUCUUGAUCGGUUUGCUGAAAGACCUAUAGAAGAGAUUCGCUCUUCAUGUCAGGAACUAGGAAAAUUGGCUGAUGGGAUAAUACAAGAUAUUGUGGAUCCAUUAGUUCUUCAACCAGCAUCACUUGACCUUGCCACCCUGAGGAAAAGGCCUGGUGAUGACCUUGGCUUUUUCCUGGUGCCUUCUUUUCAUGGUAUUCAUCAAAUAGGCGAGAUUAAAUUUAGCUCACCUGCACAUCAAUGUGGAAAGAUUGAGGAAGGUGAUGAAGUAGUUCAGGUCAACUAUCAGACUGUGGUAGGGUGGCAAGCAAAAAAAGUCAUGAUACUGUUCGAAGAGAGCCCUACAGAUGUAUUUUUGACUCUGAAGAAGCGCCCUCGGCAUACGAAAGUAUAUGGGCAAAUUUAUAUGAAGCCUUACAGAUUGCCAAGUAAAAAACGUGCUGCACCAUAUUCUCGCUGGAAUGAUAAUUUGCCAUCACCAAGACCUGAGCUGCUUACAAUUCCAGAUUUUGAAAUGCCAUUGCCGAGAUCUUCACCAAAGCAACAGUCUAGAGAAGCAGAGGAACAGCCAGAAGCUGGGUUGGAUUCUGAUGUGGAUGAGGAUGAUGAUGACGACGAUGAUGAAACUUUUCUACCUGGCUCUGCUGAUGACGAUGGUGGACAGGCAUCACCGACAUCUGCUAGACUGUAUUUGCCAAAACAAAGGUCAUCUGUACAAAGAAGAGCUACUGUUACUGGGGCAAGUCCUACAAGCAAGAGGUCACCAGUGAAAUUAGAGGAGCUGCUUCGUGGUCUUCCACAAGAAGGACGCGUUCUGCGAGACAAAUCAGCAAGUGUUGGCCAUGGGUUGUCAUCUGGAUCAUCUCGUCCAGCAACAUGCCUUGGUAUAGAAGGCCGUAAGUCAGGAACACGGGGGAUCCUGGAUAAGAGUCACAGUACUCCUGCAUAUGAUCUGACAGACUCAAGAAGUGUUGUCGUGAGGGAUGCUGCUAUUGUUGACAGUGGACCUCCAGACAUCACAGUGAUCCAGGCAGUCAACUUACCUCUUGUACAGGCAAAUGUUUCUAUGGAUGUUCAGAACAGAUCGGAAAUGUCAGAAGUAGGAAACAGCACCAUACCUUCAUCUUCUGCCGCUGUCACUGUGGAGCAUACCACAGCUAAUGCAAGAGACAUCAUUCCUCUUCCUCCAGGUGCUCAGUCUGUACCUUCAAGCAGUAAUACCGAAAGAACACAGACACUUCCACUGCAAAAUACUCACUCUUCAAAUACACCAUCUGAACCAGCACCUCCAACAAAGCCCCGUAUACCUCUGCCCGUGCUUAGUCCGAGAACACAGAAAAAGAGGAAUUUGUUGUUGUCAAGACGUCGCAACAUACCUGCAGCUGAGGCUACUGUGGGUGCUGAAAAAUCAGGAUGGCUGGUGCGUCGGUGCCGGCAAGGAGGUGCUGGUGCUGCAUGGGUGCGGGCUUGGUGUGUGCUCCGAACACCGGUCUUUUACGGCUUCCGUUCACGUGAAGCAGCACAUGCGGAUAUCAUGGUGUCAUUACCAGGGUUUACUGCAGCACCUGCUACAGAAGUUAAAUCGAAGAGCUUUGCUUUCAAGAUAUACCAUACAGGUACUGUGUUUUACUUUGCAGUGGAGUCAGAAGAUGAGUUAACAGGCUGGUUGGACUGCAUAAGUGCUGCCACAGUUGUCAAUGAUUCAUCGCAGGAACCGGAAGUUGUCUUUAGUGAAACAGAAGAAGAAGAUCCACUGACACCGCUACCAAUGGACCAGGACAGCAAUCACUCCAGUCCCAAAUCUCGAAGAUUUGCUGCAUGGCUUGGAGGAUCCAGUCAGCCUGGAUCACCGCAGAAUGCCAUUACAACUUCCUCAACUGGAGAAGAUUCAGGAAAAAUUAGUGCCGAGUCAAGAAAAUUUGGUUCACUGAAAAAAGCAUCCAGCAAUAAGAUUGCCAGUACUGCUGCAAAUGAAUCAUCACCAAAUCCAUCGUCUAGCCUUGAUCGGAAAUAUCUUCGCUUUCUUGGAGCACCACCACAGCCUGUUCCAACAGCACGAUUCAGAAGUUACCGACGUGUAGUUCCUGCAGCACCACAGCGACGACCUGUCACUAGUCAAGCAGGCCAUGCUCUUAGUGACUCUCCUGUCCGACCCCCACAACUUCACUCAAGCAAUCCAUCAUUACCAGCAUUACCUCCUGACAUGGCAGAUUAUCGGUUGGCUGCAGAUUUGCUGCGAGAGUUUGGUCGUGGCCGUCAGGAUACUUCAGGAUUUGUCACCCUUGAGGAGUUCAUGUUGUCACGGCAAGAAGAGGAUAGGAGAGCACUUCGUGGGAGCCACAACUCGGAGCGUGAACGGUCUGAACACACCCAACAACCUUCACUGACAUCAACAGGUAGCAGUAGGCAGUGUGGAUCUUCUAGUCGGAAUUUAUCAGCCACGCCUGAGCCAGCUGAAAGAAACAGUAGCCAAACAUCACAACUAGCUUUGAACAUAAGUACAAACAAUUCACGUCUGUGCUUCCCAAACAACAGGGAAGAUGGAUCAAACCAGCGUGACAGAAAUGGCCAUUCUGAGAGAAUUCGACUAACAUCAAUGAGACAAGGAGGAAGUGAAAGUAGUGUUGGCAAGUCACAGCCAAGACCUCCUUUGAAGCCUGCGGCACAGUACCAGCCGCCACCAGCAGCAGUGGCAGCUGCAUCCACCCUUGCGCCAGGCUUUGAGAUGCACUUAGGUGAAAAGACACCGGAACAGCGGCGGCGUGUUGCAGAUAUCAGCCCCCCUCUUUCUUCAGCAACAGCAGCAGUGCCAGAUCCAGGAAAGCCUACAAUGGGGAUCUCGAUGCUUGGCAAAAAGCCGGGCCGCCGUGUGCCCCCCUCUCCCACUCCUGACUACCCUGGUCUAGAGUAUCCCCCUGUGUUCGAGCCUGAGACGUAUACGCUGAGCGACGCUAGCAGCCUGGCUCGCUCCCGUGCCAGGCAGCGUCCCCCCAAGUGAGAUUCCCUCCUACACCCCAUUUAUUUGCACCAGUCAACUGUGGUACAAAUCUGAACUAGCAUUCCUUGUGUAGACAUAUCAAAUUGGUCAGUCACCUUUAACGGGUGGGCACUUUAAUUUACUUAAUGAUGAAACUGGGCUGUACUAUUCCAACAAAUUGUGAUAGGUGUGACAUAUUUAAAAAAUGUCAUGGGACUAGGUGUCGUACAAUUUGUUUGUGCAUGUUGCAUGCUUAUUCAGCUGCUUCUGGACUUUUGCCUGACAUCCAAUUGAAUAAUUUUAUUGCUGAGAAUGAAGUAAUUAUGCACUUUCUUAUAAUACUCCAAAACACGUCCUCAGUAAAAUUUCUGUAAGAUGACUCACUUGAUUUACAAGAUUUUAAUGACUGUAAUUUUGCUUAAUAUUCAAGACUGGCAAAGGUGGUGAUACACCCAUAUAUUAUAUAUAAAGAACAAUGUAAUUUUCUUACUUGGUCAGAAUUUUCUGUUAUGUAUUUGUAGUUGUGGAGAUACAGGGUACAGUUACACCUCAGUCUGGGAGAACUGAAUUUCUGAUAAUUAUUGCUAUCUUUGUAUACAAAGAGUAAUUUAUGUGAAACUGUGUAGUGAUAUUUUGGCUACAUGUCUUACGUUGACUAUUUAAAUCAAAUAGUUUAUUGUACUUGUUGAGACAUAGUUGUUAUACAAACACAGCACUGCCCCACCAUUUUUAUCUGUAAAUGUUUCAGUGUAACAAUACUGGUACAGUAAAAGCAGAAGUUUGUAGUUUGAGAAGAGAGACGCAGAUACGAUCAGCAUAAACUAUACACAAGUAGCAUAGUCCUGGCAAGAAAAAUGAUCAGUCAGACUGACAGAAUUCCCAAACACACUAAAAAUGGAAUGGAGAUGAUUCCUUCAAUAAAAAUCUAAAGACUGGCAAAGUAUGAACACAUUAAUGUGAGAAUUAUCUAAAUAUAAAUUGUUGGGUCAGAAACUAGAAAUGUGGAGUGCUGCAUCAUAUCAGAUUGAGGCUGUUCCCAUCAUUUGUGGUAAAAUAAAACUGUCCAUUGGCAAGUUUCAGAGUAUAAGAUGAAUGCAGAUUAAAAGAUGAAUUUCCAGUGUAACUAAAUAAAAUGUGAGGAGGAGGAAUGGGUUGUACUUAGGUUUAGGGUUGCAAAGCAAGAAACUGGGACAUGUACAGCUAAACAGUGGCAUCAGAAUUUGUCAUUUCUCUGUACAGUGUGAUCUGUAGUAUAUUAAGCACAGUUAUUUUGUGAAUUCUAAUGAUUGUAUGGUAUAAAUUAUUGUUGGACGAAACAAAGAGAGCCCUACUUCAUCACAAGUAAUGAAUCUCCAUUGCUUGACUGUCAUAUGUGUCUCUUGUCUUUCAAUUCAUUUUGUGAUAAUGUAUCAGCAUACUUUUGUGCCAAUGAGCACAUUAUCUUUUGACAACUAAAUUUUCUGUAGCAGCUUUGAACAAUUUAGUCUGUUCAAAUUCUAGAAAUUUCAUUGAAUAAAUGAACUCUUUAAAGUUUUACUGCACAUAUAAAUCUGCUUGGACACAAAAGUUGAAUUUCAACAAGUAUGCCUGUUACCAUCAUAAAUGAAACAUUUGGACAUCGUGCCUAUACUAAACAUUUCCACCAAUCUUACUGUCUCUUAUAUCGAGCAACUGUAUCAUUCACAAUACUCCACAAAUUAUAUGAUUGUUGAUCUCAAAGUCAUUAUGUAUAAAGAUGAAUAGUGGUAAAUGCAUGAAAGUUUAUACUCAGAUGGCACAUAUAACAAAAGGACUUUGUGCUGAGCUAUUUUGUAUAAAAAUAGAAGUCUUACUCAUAAAAUGUGUGCAAUAUCCCAAGAGAAAUUUUGAUAAAGAUGUAUUUGAAAUACAAAAUUAUCAUGCCACAAGGUUCCAUAUGCAUAAUAGUUUGCAAGUAGACAAAUGGCAGAUAAGUUGUACAAAAUUAGAUUUUGCGCCUCUUUCUGAACAUACUUAGUUUCAGUUAAUGAUUUUGAUACACAUUAUGAACUUGCCCACUUCCUCAGCACAGUUGAGGAUAAUUGAACUAAGGGUGCAAGUAAAUUAAGUUUAUUGCUACUUAUCUCAACCUCACAAACAGAAGUACUUAGACCAUCAUGUACUGAUGCAAUAUGGCUGUCACUUAGUUGUGUAUCAGUUCUUCUGCUGAAAAGUAAAUGGGUAUUAUAUUCAGGCCAGUGAAUAUUAUUGGAAACUUCUGCUUUUAUGAAUGUAGUUUUUACAAAUACUGUGGCUGAACACUUCUGUUAUAUCUCUAAAAAUCUGAGAGACAUUUAACAGUACUACAUCUAUUGUCAUGUUGAUGUGAAUUAAUUUCAUCAGGUUAUUCAGUUCAACAUAGAAACAGUAGAAACUGUAUGAUGGGGCAAUUGAAAUGUUCAUGUUGGUACUCUUACUGUUUGUCUUUUGUCAGGCUGCAGUAAUGAUUGAUUGCUUGCCUGAGAUGCUGAUCAUUAUAGCUCUGUAUAGCUCAUUUACAAGCUUUUAAAGCAGCUUUAAGCAUAGGACAGAUCACUGGAAGGUGUAGAUUCAGAAACUUAUGAAAAUUAUUGAAAAAGCUUCUAAAUACACAUUUUGUCUUGAGAUUAAUUUCAAUUUAGUGCAGGCUGAUCAAGAACAGUAAAUAAUAAGUCCCUGUUCUGUGAGAAGGUACCAAAGUAAAAUUUCAGGUAUUGGUGUAAAUAAUGGAAGACAUGGUUUUAAUUCCAUGCGAGUUAACUGCAAGCAAACAUGUUAGUACUGCACAAGGAGGUAUUCCUACCAGUUUUCAUUAUAACAUCAGUUAAAAUAUUUCAUAACAGAUCAGCAUCUCAGAAACCUCAGACAUUCAAUGUUACUUAUGUGAAACAUUCGCAUAUUUAUGUGAAACAUUUGCAGACAACUUUUUAUGAACAGUAAUGCUUUCCCAGAUAUAUAUGUUUGCUUGUUUAAGAAAAGGCUCCACAAUGAUGUCCAAAAUUGUCACACAUAUAUUACAGAUGAUGGAAGCAUUGAGCUUGCAAGUAUAAUAGAAUAAAUUUUUAGUACUGUAAGACAAAACUGAAUAUUUUUUGUUAGUCAGGAUGUAAGUUUAUUUUAUUGACAUUCAUCUUCUACAUUUAAAGAUCAACUUGUGCCAUAUUAAGAGAAAAGGGCACAAUGUGGUAUUGCAUCACAUUUAUCAUAUGUGCAGCAUUGCCCAGAUUAUAAAAACCUACACUUUGUUAUUUUUAUACAGAAUUAUAAUGUCAGCCUUAUAAAAUGAAAACAGUGAAGAAAUCCCACUUAAUGAGAAUAUCCUAGUGGAAUAUGCUCUAUGACAAAGGAAAAAUGUCUAAGCUAUGAUGGUUUCAGAAGGUCUUAGAUAACAAGUUUAUUGUGAAGCAGCACUUAAGCUGUAUCCUCUACACGAUUAAUAUUGCUCAGUGUUCUUGGGUGUUAGAACUUCAGUAAUUCCAAAGAAGAAUUAAAUAAGAAAAGUAGUGACGAAGAAAUUAAAAUGAAACUUUUUAAUAAAUGGUUUAUGCCUACUUUUGGUUUCUUUGCAAUUGGCCAUUUUCAUAGCACUAAAAGGUGUAGGUUCCUCAAAGAAAAAUAUAGCCCUGUUGUGCAGCUUCUUUCGUCUCACAAAGAAGUACCCCCCUUAAAAACUAAUAAUGUUUAAUAAAUUUACAAUAGGCCUACAGUAAAAUUAAGAGGGUUUUUCCUUUACUUUGUGCCAGAUUGCCAGCAAGUUUUAUUGUAGCUUUGCCAAAAUCAUUUUGCUUCCAUCAUUUGUGAUUUUGAAGUUAACUCACAUUAUGCUUUAGAAAUAAUUGAUAACAAUUAGCCUGUACAUUUCUAGCUGCCAUGUUGUAUGUUCUCUGGGAAAUGGAUUGUGGACAAAACAGUAUCUUCUAAACAUCAGGACAUCCUUGAUUAAAAUAUUCAUAAAACUGUAUUUUUUUUACUAACACAUGUCUCAACAAGAAGCACUAAGCAGAUUAAUCAAAAGCUUCAUUAUGUAACAGAUUUUUCAUUGGUUUAUAACGUUAUUUUUUACUGCUUGUUUGUCAGAUUUAACAUUUCUCACUUCCCUUACAUGAAAAAGAUUCACAUUAAAAUGCCAAUUAACGAGUAACAUUGGAUUUCUCCUAACCAAGAUAGAGGCUAACAUCACAAUGUAAAGGAACUUUUGGAUUUUACUUGCUACUCCAAAUACCUCCAGGAUCUCCUCCUAAUUUUCAUUGUCAAGAGCGGGUGCUGAUGACUGCACAGUUGAGUGCCCCAAAAACCAAUAAUCAUCAUCAUUGUCAAGAGAUCACAUCUUCUAAUAUGUAUCCAGUGGAAGCCUGUCUUUAACACCUUCAGUUGUCUUUCCUGUUUUCUUUUAUCUGCUGUCCUAACCAUUUUAUGAAUAACUGGAAUUAGUUUGCUGAAUAAGUAUGUGUAAUUCUUCUAUAGUUCAAGAAGUAAAUUUUACACACCAGACUUUGAUGUAGUUUGGCUGAUGCAUGUAACUCAGUUUUGCAUGAUUUUUCUGCACGAUGGAAUAUGCUGGUAACUUUUGACUUGGCUUUUUUAUUUCCAGAGUUAUGCAUGCUGUAUUGAUAAAGACUCUGGUGCACGUGAGAGCCAAAUGUCAGAAUAAUUUUCCACCCUUCAUCGUCCCCAUUGCAGAUGUCUUAUGAAUGUAAAUCUACGAUGUUAAUUUUAAAAUGACUGUAAGAAUCAGAAAUGUAUAGAUAUAUUUACACUAUAAUAUUGUAAAAAAAAUUUAAUAAAUAUGUUUUAUUGUUUGAA